CGGAAUACUCUAAACAAAUUCCCUCCUUUUUCACCCCUUCCGUUUUCCAAUUACAAUUUGCCACAUCUCAACUCUUAUUUUUUCUCUUACAUGGCAACAAUCUAAUGGUUUAAACUAAUAUUCUCUUACUCUCCAUCCCACAACAGAUACUAUCCCACUAGACAUUCCCACUCACACUGCUUUCACAGAAAUUUUGAGUGUUUAAUAAUCCAACGGUCAAGGGGCUAACCAUAUUCCCAUUUCUAUGAAUUCAUAUCGUCCGAUUUUAUCUUUCAAUACGAACCGUAGGAUAAAGUCAGAAAUUAAAUCCCACCAUUGAAUAUGCACGAAAUUGAAUUUCAAAAUGUCUUGAGAGAGGGGGAGGAGAGACGAAGAAGAACAAAACCAAAGAGGAGCCGAGCCACCUCCUACAGUUCCUCAUCACCUCCUUUACACCAUAGUCCCUCUUAGCUUUCUUUCGUAUCAAACUGCUGUUUCUGUCUCUGUUCUCUAUCUGUUUGGGGAUCAAAGCGCUCUGAGAAAAGAAGGGAUUUUUAUUUCCUUUUUUGGGGAAAUGACUCUUGGCUUAACUUCGGUGUGUAAUUUUCAGCUGAUUACUCUUGCAUUUUUUGUAUAAUUACGUGUUUUGGGGGUUUUAUGCUGAGUUUUUGGAUCUGAAAGUUGGAGAAUUUCAGUGGAUUUUUCAAAAUUGUGGGAUUAUUGAAGGGGGAAUUCAGUGGAUUAAAGUUUGCUUAUGAUUUAGUUUUUCGUCUUUUUAGGCAAGAAAUUGGAAAUUUGUUGGUAGUUUUAUAAAUUUGGGAAUUUGAAUUUGAUGGGUGAAGGUGAGGGAAGCGAAUUCCCUCCAAAAAAAGCGGCACAAUCGGACACGCAGGUGAGCUCGGAUUUCCCUGCGAAGAAGCUAGCGAGGCAGCUGGAUUUCACGCAGGGGAAUGUUGUCCUCCCAGACCAUCCUCAAUCGCAGCAGCAGCAGCAGCCUGUGACUCUGCCACUGCAGCAGAAGUCGGUUGCCGUCACUCCGCAUGGCCAACUGCAGCAGCAGCCGCAGAUGGUAGCGAUGGCAGCAGCGCCGCCGCCACAACAGCAUCCGCCAGCCAGGACUGUAAAGCCAGAAUCCCCAAAAUCAAAACCAAGACCGAAUGCUGAAUUGAAAGACGGUACUCCAAAGAGGCAAAAACAGUGCAACUGCAAACACUCACGGUGCUUGAAGUUGUAUUGUGAAUGCUUUGCAUCUGGAACAUAUUGUGAUGGUUGCAAUUGUGCAAAUUGUUAUAACAAUGUUGAAAAUGAAGCUGCUAGGCGAGAAGCUGUUGAAGCCACUUUAGAGCGGAAUCCAAAUGCAUUCAGGCCAAAAAUUGCUAGCAGUCCACAUGGAACACGAGAUAGUCGGGAGGAGAAUUUGGAAGGAUUAGUGUUGGGAAAGCACAACAAGGGAUGUCACUGCAAGAAGUCUGGAUGCCUUAAGAAGUACUGUGAAUGUUUCCAAGCCAAUAUUCUUUGUUCUGAAAAUUGCAAAUGCAUGGAUUGUAAGAAUUUUGAAGGAAGUGAGGAGAGGCAGGCUCUCUUUCAUGGGGACCAUGCCAACAAUAUGGCAUACAUUCAACAGGCUGCUAAUGCUGCAAUAACUGGGGCUAUUGGAUCUUCUGGCUAUACAUCACCUCCAGUAUCCAAGAAGCGAAAGGGUCAGGAACUUUUAUUUGGGCCAGCAGCCAAGGAUCCCUCCUUUCACAGGCUUGGGCAUUUUCAACAGGCAGUCCAUAUCAGGCCUUCUGCAUCUUCCAUUUCCUUGACCAUCAAUCCAGUUGCUCGUGCCACUAGCACAGCAACUUUGGGCCCUUCAAAAUUCACAUACAAGUCACUCUUGGCAGACAUUAUCCAAGCACAGGAUUUAAGAGAACUUUGCUCAGUUUUGGUGGUUGUGUCAGGUGAAGCUGCAAAGACACUUGCAGACCAAAGAAAUGCAACAGAAAAGCGGGUAGAUGAUCAUGCAGAAACUUCCCUUGCCUCAUCAACUCAAGACAGUUUGCAGGGCCAGAAGGAGGCUGAUGUUAAGAAAAUUACUUCCUAUGAUUGUUCCAGUGCAAACCAGGCUGAUAAAGUUGGCCCUGAUGAUUCUAGCUCAGAUGGUGCUGAUAUGCCAAAAGGAAGGCCUAUGUCUCCUGGAACUCUGGCAUUGAUGUGUGAUGAACAAGAUACAAUGUUUAUGGCAGCUGCUUCUCCCAAUGGGUUAACGGGCCAUGGAUGCAGCGCUACCUCACAGUUGCCUUGUGGACAGGGCAUGGCAGAUAUUUACGCAGAACAGGAAAGGAUUGUUUUAACAAAGUUUCGGGAUUGCCUUAAUAGGCUCAUAACAUUUGGAGAAAUAAAAGAAACGAAGUGUUCAUCAUUAGCGAGAACUGAACUGGGGAGUCAAGAAGAUCAAUUAAUCAAUGGCACAACGAGUGCCAGAGCUGAAUUCGGAAAACAACAGGGACCUUUUAGCAAUGGUAUUGCAAAACAUAUCACCAUACCUACAUCCAAGACAGCUCAGAUGGUUACUUCUAUGGUUGCCACCUCCAGUAAUGAUCUUCCUAAAGUUCCAGCCCUUCCACAAAAUGGGGAUAACAAACCAAUGACUUAAGAGAUUGUAAAAGAGAUUUUAGCUCUGAAGGCUGGCCCAAGUGGUGCUUCUGAAUUUGGUUGUACUAGAUCAAUGUUCAUCCUUGAUGCAAUCUUUAGCCACCAUUGGGUCCAUUGUUGGAACUGACCAGGAUCUGAUUUUAUUCCUCACGUCAUUAAAAUAUUUACACAUCAGUCUUCGGCUCCAGCCACAAUUCAAGUCUAAGUGGUGUAUUGCAGAGCCUUACAAUUACAUAGGACAUCUUAAGUGUUAUAACAUGGCAAUGACCAUCAUAGAUUGUAGAUUUUUCUUGUUCUAUUGACACCGUUAUUAAAGAAAGAGAAAAUUUAUGAUUUUUCAUCGAA